ACAUUACCCUUUUUUAUAUUAUAUAAUACUUGUUGAAAUAUAGUUUUGGAUGUUUUAAAAAAUUUUGGGUACCAAAAGAUAAUUAAAAUUUUGGAUUGGAUGAAAAAUUAGACAAAUGCACAUUUUGACGACUUUAAUAGUACCCGACGCCCUAUUCAAAGUUAAAUUGUGUGUCUAACACAAUUAUCAAAUUAAGUGUUAUUAGAGGUAUUCUACCCUCAAUUAGCCAUACCAUAUGUAUGGAUAAAAUUGCCAUGUGUAUUUUUUGGAAUCCGCGACCCGGGUUAAUUUGGUCUGUGCAAUUACAAAUCAGUCCAUAACUAAUUCGCUAUUGACGUCGGCUUUGUGACCAUCCUCUUCCAACAAUGGCGUCUCUUUGAACAUCCAAAAUCUACGAAUAAAAUAAACCCAGAAACCAGACAAAACAAACCUGCUUUUUGGGGGUUGACUCCUAAUUCCAUAAUCCUUCCGUCCUUCCUCUCUCUUCUCGUUUCUCUCUUAUUUCUUUUCGUUAGGGAAUUGGCCAAUUGGGGCCGAUUGCCCUGUGGCGAAGAAUAUUUAAUCAGGAAACAUGGCGGAUAAUUCGAUAGAUGCCGAAAGGACGAUGGAUGGUGGUGUCACUGAGACGAGAAAUGACAUCCCAACUUCCACUUCUUCUGGGUAUCGAUUGUUCGGUCGGCAGGUCCCUCUUCACCAAUUCAUGGGCGGUGGAAAAGCUGCUGAUGUACUCUUGUGGAAGCGGCGACGCAUUUCCUUUGCUGUUGUUGUUGUGGUGACAUUGGGGUGGUUCUUAUUUGAACGCUCUGGAUUACCAUUCUUAACAGUUAGCUCAGAUGUCCUGUUGAUUCUGAUAGUUAUGUUGUUUGCCCAUUCCAACUAUGCUGCUAUGAGAAACAAACAACUGCAGUCAUUACCAGAACUAGUCGUGUCAGAGGAAAUGGUGAACAGUGUUGCAGCAUCUUUUCGGGUUAAAAUCAACAACUUGCUUCUCAUGGCUCAUGAAAUCACCCUUGGCAAAGAUUUUAGACUCUUCUUCAAGGUGGUUGUCUCUUUGUGGCUCUUAUCUGCAAUUGGUAGCUACUUCUCUUUCUUCACUUUAGCCUAUAUAGGAACAGUGUUAUCAAUUACGGUUCCAGCAUUGUAUGGUAAGAAUGAAGAUCGAGUGGAUAGAUAUUUCGGGAUGAUCCACAAGAGGUUUAAGAUAGUGGAUGAGAGUGUUAUAAGUAGAAUUCCUCAGGGAUUAUCGUCCAAGGACAAAGAUACCUGACUGGUACGCUACGUACAUACAUAUGUUGGAGAAUGCUUGUUGUCUUCUGGUUAUAAGACGGUGAAGGGCCUUGCGCUGAUUUCGGAGCAAUUGCUUUUGUACAAAUGAACCAAAUUGAACUAACUUGUUCCCGGUUCCCCAUUCCAGUACUUCUGUUUUUGGUAUAUGAGAAUUGGAAGUUUGAUCGAGCAAGUUGAAAAAUUUAUUAUAAAAUGUAUUUUUCCUU